CCUCUCUUACUGUCGAGCUAUUCACCUCCUUUCAUUUCCUCCUCUGCCAGAAUUGUGCGUCUCAGGAGAUCCGUUCCUUGGAGGCAGGAGCGAGGCUGAAUGUGGAUUGCUGAGCACGGGCCUGAUUGAGAUGUCAUGUGGAGUAGCCGCCUGCUCUGAGGUGACAGGAAAUCACACAAUCUAUGGCAUUUAGCUCUCAACACUUGGACGCUUUAACAAGAGAUGGAUGGACACCCCAGCAACUACGAAAUCAGGAGUGUGUCUUGACUUCAACGGAGGCGUCUGAGGUUAUUUCACUCACUUUACCAUCCCCCCGCCAAUCACAGGUGGAGCUUAUUGCGAGGACUGGAGUGGCUUGAUUUACAUACAGCACUUUGGAAGCAGCUUGAUUUCUACUAUGAAAAUGGUCAUUUGCUGGAUCCAUUUUAGAGGGAAUGUCAUUUCACAAUGUAGACAUGAAUGUAUGUAAUCUAUGUGUGUAUUUACUCAUGUGAAUCACCUUCAGUCUUUUUUAUUGGUAGAUUUUACCAUCAACCUUUAAGGAAGUUAUUGGAACUUAGUUGAUUACUCAUACCCACAGUAUGAGCAAUCAUUCCCACUGGUAUUAGUAGUAGUCUUAUGACCGGCUUGAGAAUAUUUGAACUCAACCUAAAGCCAACAGUGGCAAUAUGACUAUCUCCAUAACUGAAGGCAGGAUGCUGCUGUUGAACUCUAAUGGUUCAGGGGAUCUGCUGGGGAACAGCAGCGACACGGGGCUGGGCAAUGUGGAGCAGGUCCUCGUCCCCGUAUUAGAUCUACUGAUUCUGACGCUGGGAGUUGGUGGGCACACCAUAGUGAUGAUGAUCCUGUGUAGAAGGCGGAGACAUAUUGGACAGUCCCCUCCAAGCUCCAUGACAGGCACAGGAACUGACGUCCUCCUGCUGGCUCUGAGCGCUGCAGACUUGCUUUUGCUUUCCAUGCUUCCCUUCCACACCGUUGCCAUAGCCAUGCAGCGAUGGCCGUUCGGAGACUUCAUGUGUCGUCUGGUGAGCUUCUUGGGAUCGGCCUGCUCCUCAGCCAGCGCCUUCACGCUGGCCAUGCUGGCUGCGUCUCGAUAUCUGACUGUGGUGCGGCCUGCCAGAGCUUUCAGCCUCCUCUCCCCUCGCCGUGUGUCUAUAGCGGCUGUGCUCCUCUGGGUCCCGGCCUGCUGCCUGGCUACUCCACAGCUGGUUUUUCGCUUUGUGGGAACCCCACGCGGAACCCCUGAUGGCCUCGCUUGUUUUGCUUUCCCGUCCCACAGAGAGCAGCUGAUCUACGGAUUGUUUCACUUCCUCGUGGCCUUCUUGCUUCCACUGGUCACCAUUGCGGUGGCAUACGGCAGCAUCUACAUGUUCCUGUGGGGGAGGCAGCAUACCGGCAGGGCUCCCCAAGUAGAGCGCUACCAGAGCAAAGUGACCAAGACGUCGGCCAUGUUGGUGCUGGCUUUUACCCUGUGCUGGCUGCCAUCCUAUGGACUCACACUGGCCUUAUUGGUGGAUGAAAGCUUAGAGGCCAAUGGUGCAUCUCCGCGCUACGGCCCCUUCAGUGUAUUUGCACGCCUCAUGGCGACCUCGUCUACGGUGAUGAACCCCAUCCUAUAUGUACUGAUGUCCCAAAAGUUCAGACAAGACCUACUAAGGCUGUUCAAGAGGGGAGGGCAAAGAACCAGUGUUGCUGUGGCUAUGGUAGCUGCUUGAGUGAAUUACCAUCAACAACUAGCUUGAUAUACCCAAACAUCUGAGCCACUGGGCAAAUCCUAAUGGGAAUCACAGUAAAACAAUUAUAAGCUGAGCAGCUUUGCUGAAGGACACAAUCAUUACCCUCAUGAAAAAAGUCUACUUAACAAGGAAAAGCAACAACACUCACAACAGCAGGCAACAUUCAACAUCUUUGCCUCUUGACAAGACUGGUUGUCUGGAUAUUGUAAAAGAAGAUCAAACCAGUAGCUCUGGGAGUUGCCGCUCCCCAGCGACAGUGGGACAAACAAUCCUGAAUCAUGCAUUCCUUGUAAAACAGUAAAGGCACGUUGGUAAAACAUUAACGGUGCACCUGUGUUUUGUUGUGCUGAGAUAAGGUCAUCUGUGAAUCUGUAGGCCUGUUGAUACUAAUAUACACUCUGUUCUCAAAGCAUUCAAUUUGUUUUUAGUUUGGCAACAACUUCAGAAUAAAAGCUUCCUGGUUGUGUUUAGGUUCGCUGGGAUGAGUGUUUUGGAAAACAGUGAUUUUCUCCUCCAGAAGAUUUCUCACUGGGGGGGGGGUCUGAUGUUUACAAUUAAGGUUCUUUGUUAUUCACCAAUAAAGUGGAGUAACCAGAAAUAACUCUUGACUAAUGACCAGUGUCCAAAAUCAGGUUUGGGAGGGGGAAUAAACUGGGACAUAAACUGGUGGAGGUUGACAAGUGGCUGUUAGACUUAAAACGAGGGAAUACUCACUCUCUACCACAGUCUUGCGGUCGGAUCCGUCAUCACUGAUCCGCUGGAUGUUGCCGAAGUGGAUGUCGCUGAAAAAGAUACGGUUGGCUCCCUUUCCUCCACCUCCUCUGUAAUCAAAAGUGAGUGCGAUGACGUUCUUCAUAUGCUCGGGGUCCUCAAAUGGUUUAAUGGGGGCAUUCAGGUUGUUUUCAU